UAAUACUAAAAUAACCGGAAUUAAUGUUUUAUGUUAAUAUUUGUAUUUGAAAAUUAAAUUGUUUCAGUGUUUCUCAAUGGUUUAACUCAUAUUCUCUAGAAAAUGUGAGAUCGUUUGUGAAGACAUUAUUGGCCAUGGGCAAGUAUGUUAAGCCAGUGGAUCAUUUUUCUUGGAUAAUUUAUCAAAACCAGCCUGUAGGGUGUGCUGUUUCUGAUGUUCUGUGACCAGAAAUAUCAGGACAGAACAAAAUUUUACACAUCAUCUCAAAGUCAUAUAAUCUAUGGGUUCUAGUUCAGUUUUAGGCUGAUGAUUUUUUGAGCAAUGUUGCUUGGGCACUUUCAUAUUGACAAUGAUCAUAAAUGGACCGUAUGCAUGUACACCAUAUCUAGCACACACACAUACACUGCACGCAUAAUUAACAUGGUCUGUUAGCCGGCACUGACAUCAUGUAUACACGGACCUGUAUAAUGCCUGUGAUUGUUCAAAUGUAUUGUGUAUUAUGCGUUUUAAGAGAUGUGAGGUACGAUGUGUAUUUUCUUCAUUCAUUUUCAUUAUAAAAAAAACCCACAAUACAAAAAAGUCUUUAUUUAAGAUUAAGUCACACAGUAUAAUAAAUAUAACUUACCUCAUUGUAAUAUAACAGUGGCCAAACCUGAAUUGUUUUAAACCUAAACUAUUUAAACAUGGUGGACACCGUCUGAUUGGGAGAAACCAUGUUGGGUAUGAUGUCACUUGGGGGGCAUUUCAAUGGACCUGUAAAACAAGGGUUAUAUUUGUUCAUUCAUAUGUUGUAUUUCUAUAUUGUAAUUUUUGGAGUUUGUAUUUUGAAUAGAUGCUGUUUUAAAUGCUUAAUAGGACCAAAAGUGCAUAUGUAAGGAAGUAAACUUCCUGGGGUGUGGCCUAGACUAUAAAAUGGCUGCCAGUGUUGUACAUGUGGCUGAUCACUUGCUGUGGAUUAGGGUCGGGUUGUUUGGUGUUAAGGGAACAAGCAAUAGAAGCUUGUGUUAAAGUACCUUUUGUUGUUGUGUCUAUGAUCCAAAAAAGAGACUUGUACAUAUUUUCUUUCUUUCUUUAUUUUUGUUUAGUUGCCCCAUGUAUCAUCAGGCUUAGUGUGGCCAAUAACACUGAAAGUGACAUUAUGUGUAGGUAUGUUUGCUGUUGUUUUUUAAGAAUGCAAAUGAGAGAACAGCUUAUCCACAGCAGCAUGUUAUUUCUGCUGCAUCCAAUUAACCUUCCACUAAUCCAGUGGCUCGUGGAGCCAGCAGUAGAUCACGGUCAAAUACAGGCUAUCAAAGUGUGGAAAGUCACUGUAGAUGUGCAUGUGAGUAUCAAAGUCGGCUAAAAAUAGAACAAUACGAGUAAUAAUGGGGCACAACAGUACAACUUGAAUACAAAAGUCAUCAGUGGAUAAACAAGCAUCAGCUGUGUUGAGCACUGUUAUGCUGAUUCUUGGAAGUAAAUUUGUGUUCCAUGAAUUGGGAAAUAUACUACAUUUAUUCUUCGGACAGUGAGAUUACUGUUCAGCACAUGUUACUCUGAAAGGGGAGGGAAGAAUAGACAGGGAGAGAAAGAGAGAGAGAGAGACUAAGGGGAUUAGGAGGCUUCUCUCAAAACAGUGGCCAUGCCAGUCACAGCAUUUUCAUCCUCACUUUGAACUAUUGGUGAAUUCUCCAACAAGAGAACGAUUGGAUCACAGAGCAAGUCAAGUGAAGAAAAAAUGGGAUAGUUAAGUUUAAAAAAAAAACAAGGUUUGGGUAUGUAUGUGAUAAUCAGAAACUAAGGCUGGACUUGAUUACAACCAGUUCUUGAAGAGCAGAGGAUAUGAUAUGGAAAAUAUGUAUCUAAAAGAUUUUUGAUUUCUGGUUCCAGUGGCUUUCUUCUCUUCAUUCCAUCAAGAACUGGUGUUUAGGAUUACCGGUUAUUAUGUGACAAUCUCAUUCUUGAUCCGACGUGGUUUUUGGUUUUGUGUUCCACCUGUUGGAUAGUUAAAUGGUGCUAAUGACUGAGAAUGGUACUGCAGGAGGUGUACUUCUGGUCAAAGAUCACCAACACUACACCGGCCAAAACCGAGCGAGAGGCUGGAACAAUGAAGAGUCCUCAAUACAAAGCUCCUCUUUUGUGGUACCAACAGAGGACUGUUAUUAUGCAGAUGAUGAAGACCACCAUCGUUAUGAUGAUGAUGAUGACGAUGACAUCUACCAAGAAUUCGAGGAGUUGGAUUUCUCAGAACUACCAGAUACCAAGAGCAUUGUGUCAGACGAUUCCUUCUACCCACCUGAUGAUUCGCUCAACUUUGAAAAAUGUCAGAAUCCUGAGAGCCCCGAGCCAAUCAGCUUCUUCAAAGCAUGCUGCACUAACAACGCCAUCAUCGUCAAAAUCAUGAUAAGACAAGGUGUGACGGAGGAGGAAGUACGAGAGGUGGACAGAAAUAACAGAACGGGUCUGAUAGUGGCGUGUUACCAGGGCUACGUGGAUGUGGUCAUUGCACUUUCUCAGUGUCCAUAUGUGGAUGUGAACUGGCAAGAUAAAGAAGGGAAUACGGCUCUCAUGACUGCUGCACAAGCAGGCCACAGUAUGAUUACCAACUACCUGCUGAACUAUUUUCCCGGGCUUGACACUGACUGCAGGAACUGCCAUGGCUUCACAGCGAUGAUGAAAGCAGCUAUGCAGGGUCGAGCUGAAUGCGUACGGUCUCUCAUGAUGACAGGAGCAGACAUUGAAGCAAGGGACUUAGGCCGUAAGCUGACUCCACUUGAAUGGGCCCUGUUCACGGGCCGCUACGAGACCGCCGACCUGAUGGCCCGACUGAUGGAACAGCCAUGUGCCGAACAGUUCUGUGACUCUUACCACAUGGAGUGGCCUAUGCUAAGCAAACUGGUGGCUUGUUCAAAACAGCCCAAGUCCUGCUGGAGAAAGUUCUCAGAGUGCGUCUGUAACUUGUUUACCAUCAGCUUGAAGACCAACCCUUUGGAUGAAGGCGUCAUGGACUACAUGGUACGCAUGACCACAGCGCUGGCCAGCCCUUUCAUAGCCACCGCCUGCCACACCGUGUGCCCGGGCAGCCCUCCGUGUGUAGGAAAACGUCGCCCUGCUGUCCAGGACAUCCUCCGUAGACAGCGUCUGGCUGAGCUGAAGAACCUUGGACCCGAGCGCCUCAACAACUACAAGCGCCUAUUCCAAAACUCCAGGGUCCUGCUGGUGCCGAAGAAGCAGGAGCGGCGCGCCAGUCUGCAGCCGCAGUUACUGCACAGUGUCGCGAUUGCCUCCACGGCUCUGAGGAGAAGCAGCCUGCUGCCGCUUCACAUGAUGCGCAGGAGCAGCGUCCGUCCUGGGAUCGUGGUUCCUAAAGUCCUGCUGUUGAAAGCACCUCCUCCUUCAUACAUCCCUGAGCGUCCGCCGCGCAGAACUUCAAAAGAUUCACCACACAUACAAAUCCCUAAAUGGAAGUACAAAGCUCUAAAGGAGGAGAGGAAGAAAGCUGAACGCUUGGAAAGAUUGAGAAUGCCUACUGGGAGCAAAAAGUGAUGUGGCUUUUGAUGCCUUAGUGUUUUUAAGGAAGUUUUCCACUGUGAAGGCUUGUGGUCAGUGUGAGGUUCAAUACGUUCAAUACUCUUUUAGACUGCUAUGGACGGUGGCUAUUAUUUAUUUAUUUAAAGUUGUAAUGAUUAUAAUUUAUAUAAAUAUUAUUAAUAUUUUAUAUUACUCUCAAAGACUGAAUUUUUAACAGGGAGUCUUAUAUUAAAAAACAUUAAACAUAACAAUGAAGGACUUUCUUAAAUAUGAAAUACUACAUUUAGCCUUGACAUGUUCCCUUAUCUUAUUAAUACUAAGGUUGUUGAUUCAGUAUGCCUAUUAUUGAGUCUGUGUUACAAAAUGUUGCUCGUUUUGUUGACAUCCUAAGAUAUUCACACUGAUCACAGGAUAUUUCCUGUAAGUGUGACUUCAGAAUUAUUACCUGUCACAUCAUAGGUAACUAUGAUUUGCGGUAACCUAUUUGCGCUUCAAACCAGAUAUGAAUGAAAAGUAAAUAUAUUACAAAUAUUACCAGUUUGCAGUUUUUACAGCUUAAAUAACUGAAAUGCACUCGUCAGACACUUUUCUCUCUCUCUCUUUUUUUAAUUUUAUUAUUAUUAUUUUUUUUUAAGAGAGCCGUUUUCUGUGAAUGUGCUAGAGAUCCGGUUCAUAGGUAUAAGGUGGAUAGGAUUUUUACGUGCGGUUGCUUUGUCUGGUCCGAACGCGAGUUUGAGUCUGCUCCCCGUUCUCCCAGACUCCCACCCCUACAGGGGUCUACUUCCCCCCUCUCCCACCCAUGGGGUCUACUCCCCCCUCUUCCACCCCUACAGGGGUCUAUUUCUUUGCUUAGUAACGACGGAGCAGGAAAAUGCGGCAAACUGCGUAACAUUCCUCUCACAAUUUAUUUAAACUCGGGUUCGGAGUCGGACCAGGAAAUCGAACUAAGUGUAAAAGCACCCGUAACCAAAUGUGGCGCGCAUGCGCAAAAGACGCUCUGAUCAGGCAGUUCGCUCAUGUUCAAAGUGGGUGUUGAAUUAGGUGUCAUAAUUAAACGAUUCAAAUGUAGGCUAUUGCUAAACCUAAACACUUAAAAAAGAAAAGAAAAUAGAAAUACAGGCUAGAAGUCUGAGAUAGGCUAGUCUAAAUAGCUUUAGAUUUAAAAUCUACAUUGGAUAAAUUAGACAAUCAAUCAUAAAGAUGUAAAAUGAACGUGUUGAAAUAAGGGGUGCAUCUGCACCAGCAAUGCAGAGUGAAAUGGGUAGUCCAGUAGGGGUCAGUAUUACACCUAGUCAGUUGCGAUAAGGCCUACAUUCCCAAAAUACACAAUCCAGAUAUCCGCUCUCAAAAUGCAUUUUGCAAUGUCCAUAUCUUAUGCGCCUACUUUAGCAAUAAAAACAAAACAAAAUUCACAUCACACCAUCACCACAUUUCUUUGCAUCAAACUGAACAUGGAUUAAUACUCUCUUACAACAUUGAUGAGAUUGAAUAGAUGAGAUGGGACGUGGAGGGCCUGGUGUUUCAGAGCUGCAGGCAAGGGUUGUCGUUUAGCGCCUGCCACACGUAUUUAUACUGCAGACUGGUUCUCAGGACAAAGUGAGAAACACAUAGCCUGUCAAUGUCAAAAUAUCUCUCUGUGGGGAAAUGGUAAUAAAACAGUCGUGAUGAAACCCUAACAGGAGCUCGCAGCUUGCCUGCAUGGCCUCUGAUAGCUAUCUAGGAAUUCCAUCAAAAAUACAAUGAAUUGAAAACUCAGGCCAGCACAAACUAACAGAAAUCUGUUAGGGCUGAUGUCUAGAACACAAUAAAUGCAGCUGACUCGAUCGAAACAAAAUACAUGGGGAAAAAAUCAGCGAUGUUAAAGUGUUAAUUUUUUUUUUUAAUGUGGAUGUAUAAUGUGGAUAUAUAUUUGAAACCAAAUUUGAUGGUAAAAUGCAUACCAAUGUCAUCCAAAGGAAACCCCAAUAAAGAAAGAAAUGACUCGGACACAGAACAAAAUAAAUCACAGACCAGUGAUUCUCCAUUAGUUUAUAUAGCUGUUGCAACCUGGCAUUAAAAAGGUUCACAAUUCUCUCAAACACUUUGUCUAGCAACAGAAAAAAAGAGUUGUACUUACAUCUUCAAUACAAUUUGUCUGAUAUGUCUACAUUUUCACAGAUAUUUUGCUUGUUCUCAGAUGUUCACUAUCGAUGGUGCUGAAGGUACUGUACGUGAUUUGGGGAUCAUCCUGAAUCCUUGCAUCUGACAAUUACCUCUACUGUAAGUGUAAAAUUACAUGAAGGGAAGACCAGGGCUUGCUUCAUACCUUCUGGAAAUCUGACAGGCUUGAUGUUUAAGAUUUGAAAAUCACAAAAAGAUAGGAUAUUGUCAUUUUUUUGCUCUCUGUUCAGUCAAUAGAGGAAUGUUUAUCCAUCUUCUCCUGUAAUAAGAUGACCUGAGAUAAGAUAAAGAUAAUUAGCAAAUACAGAGUAGAAGAAAAAAGAAUAUCAAGAGGUGGAUCUAUACGCACAGCUCUCCUUUUAGAGCAUACGUUGUGUAGGAAUCAAAGCCAUUCUUUUCAGGGGCAUCCAUUUAACCAAGGUCAUGAAACAUUCAAAAAGCAUUAAUAAAAGGUAGUAAUGCAGGCCAAAAGGUGUUAAAAAACAUUGUUUUAGCACCUUUUCAAGUCAAUAUUAGAAGCUUCAUUACAUCAGCCCUCAAUGAACCCUGGUCUCGCCUGUUUUACACAACAACAUCAUGACAAUAGGAGGUCAACAUCUGGAUUAGAAAUUAAGGUGAACAUAAAAAAAAAACCCUAUGCUUUUUUUAACUAGCAUUUUUUCCUUUCAAUGUUUCUGCGUUGGGUGACAUCCACAUCUGCACAUUAAAAAGUAUAUAUAUAUUUUGUAUUUAUAUAAUAUAUAUCCAUCCGCUAUCGACAGAUCUGUCUACGAUGAGCUUAAGAACCACUGAUUUUCUGGAAGAAAAAAAGCAGAUUUCGCAAAUGUCUAUUUUACAACACAGCGUCAACUAAUUGUACAUCUUUGGAGGGGAAGUAGCUGUCAAAGACCGUGUCCCUCCUUUUCUUGUUACAGUGUGAAUGCUGUCGAAACACAUUGUUUAAAAAAAAAA